GGGGGUUCCAUUGAUUUGCCGCUGACACAAUCUCGACGCAGCUCUUCCCGUGAUCUUCGGCCGUUCCGCAUCCGACCCUCUUCUCCAACUCCACUUUUGUAUAACAAACAACGCCGGAAAUGGUCAAUUACGCUUGAGACUCCCUCCAAGCGUACUCCCCAGCUGAUUCGGCAAACAAACAAACAAUGACGUCUUCACCAACAUUCAAGCCUGCGCUCAUCCUCCACGGCGGUGCAGGCGCCAUCCACCGCUCCACUCUCCCUCCAGAUCUCUACGCGAAAUACCACUCUUCUCUGCUUUCCUACCUUCGCUCUACCAAAAGGCUCCUCGAAGAUGGCGCGCAUGCUAUCGAUGCAGCCGUUCACGCCGUCUCGCUUAUGGAAGACGAUGAACUCUUCAACUGCGGCCGCGGCAGCGUCUUCACCUCCGCGGGGACAAUCGAAAUGGAAGCCUCGGUUAUGGUUACAUCGGCGAGAAGUGAAAACAGUGUUACGAAUAACAGCGAUUCCAUGAAGCGGGGUGCCGGCGUUAUCUGUGUUCGGAACGUGCGGCAUCCUAUACAACUGGCGAAGGAGGUCCUUGUCCGCACAGGGCAAGAUGAGAAUGGGAACCCGGUUCCUGGUGAUGAUGAAGGCCAGGACAACGGCAGUAUGCAUUCGCAGCUUUCUGGUCCGUAUGUGGAGGAACUUGCCCGCGGUUGGGGGCUUGAGUUUAAGCCUGAUGAAUGGUUUUGGACGCAGAAGCGGUGGGAUGAGCAUCAAAGGGGAUUGCGCAAGCCGAAUUGCGAAUAUACGUCUGGGCCCGGGCUGGGAUUGGGACAUGGCUACCCUAGUCAAGGUACGGUUGGCUGCGUUUGUCUCGAUCAAUGGGGUGAUUUAGCUGUUGCGACCAGUACGGGCGGGUUAACGAAUAAGUUUCCUGGCCGGGUGGGUGACACGCCUACGCUCGGAGCGGGCUUUUGGGCUGAAGCCUGGGACGUUGAAGGUCGUAAUUCCACGGGACAGCUUGAGGACAUGCGGUAUCAUCCGCAAAUGGCGCAGCCUCCAUUUCGCACUUCGGGUUCAUCGAAGUCUAUCUGGGAUAUGACCCUUGUAGACUGUAUGCCCGACCUGUCUCCCCUGUUUAGGGAUACUUUCGGAGCUGAGCCUGACACGGACAUGCGUACACGUUCGCCACCGGGAGAGCCAUUCACUGAUCGGAAGCCUAAGCCAUUGCGUCCCCGGAAGAAACGACGAGCAGCGGCCGUAUCUGGGACAGGAAAUGGAGAUUCCUUCCUCCGCACUGCCGCCGCUCGAACAACAUGCGCGAUGAUGCGGUUCUCUAAACAGACGGUCAGCCUGAGUAAAGCCAUCUCGGCCGUUGCGGGAGCGGAUGGCGAGCUGCAACGAUCCGCAGGGAGGAGAUGGGGCAAGACAGGUGAGGGGCAGGGCGGCAUUAUUGGAAUAGAGGCGGUACUUGACGAAGACACGAUAGAUGAAUCAGGCUUGCAUCGCGGCAAGGUUGCUUUCGACUUUAAUUGCGGAGGGAUGUUUCGGGCUUGGAUUGAGGAGGAUGUAGAUGGGAGGGAUAUAGAGCAUGUCAUGGUGUUUAAAGAGCCAUAUCGGUAGUUUUCUAGAUCUACCUAGUAGGAUAAAUAAAGAGCUGAGAACUUCC